AUGGAUGGUUAUCCGGCUGGCCUGGAAGAUGCACGCUCACUGCAACCGAAAGAUGUAGUGGGCAUGAGUUUUGACACUAUUGAAAUGGCGUACAAUUUCUACAAUGCAUACGCGGCGGCUGUAGGUUUCAGUACAAGGGCACAAAAAGUAUCAAGGCGACGAAAUGGAGAGGUUAGAAUGAAGGAAUGGUGUUGUAGCAAAGAGGGUAAGAGGAGGUUUGUGCAGCCAGAACUAGCACCUAACAAACGCCGCUGCAGAGACGAGACAAGAUGCAGAUGCCUUGUAAGAAUGCGGAUAGUUUUUGAUCUGACCAUAGCAAAAUGGGUUGUCUCAAUGUUUGUGCCGGAGCACAAUCACCCGCUUACGCAGCCAGACUUUGUGCGGUUCCUUGCCUCACAUAGGACUGUAACUGAAGGUGAUAUGGCCCAGAUGAUGGCGAUGCGCGCGUCGAACAUACGACCAACUCACAUAAUGCAAUACAUGUCCAGACAGGCUGGAGGAGUAGAGAAUGUCGGGUUCACGCGUAGAGACAUGUACAACGCAAUGCAGGAGCAUACUAGGACACAAAUUUCAACCGGCGAUGCACAACGAGCACUGGCCUUUCUAGAUUUGAAGAAAACAAAUGACGAUGGUUGUUUCCAUGAACACACAUGUGAUGAAGAUGGACGGCUCAAAAAUUUGUUCUGGUGUGACACAUCAUGUCGUUUUGAUUAUGCGUGUUUUGGGGAUGUAUUAGCAUUCGAUGCGACAUACAAGACUAAUCUCUACAAUAGACCACUUGUGAUAUUGAUAGGUGUAAACAAUCACCAUCGAACAUGUUUCUUUGGAUGUUCGAUACUAAUCGAUGAAACAACAACAACGUAUAUGUGGCUCUUAGACACCUUUCUCCGAGCAAUGGGGAACAAGAUGCCGGUCUCUGUGAUAACGGACGGAUGCAAGGCAAUGGCAGCAGCAAUCCGAGCGAAACUACCCAAUGCCCGUCAUAGACUUUGCGAGUGGCAUUUGGAAAGAAAUUGUUCGGCUAAUAUACACAGGGGGAAUUUCCCAAAUGAAGUGAAAUCAUUGUUCCGUCAUAAGGAACCAGAAACAUUCGACACUGCUUGGCAUGAGCUGCUUGAAAGACAUGAGAUAGUUGGAAAUCCAUGGGCACAGGAAUACUUAUACGAUCAACGUCGAAUGUGGUGUGAUGCAUAUCUUUUGGGACAUUUUUUUGCUGGCCAAAGGACGACGCAACGGUGCGAGUCAAUUAAUGCUCAUCGUCAUAAAUUUAUGGGAAAGCGAUUACAUAUAUACAAUCUUGUGGAGAAAUUUGACUCGGAGUUCGCAACUAUAAGGGAUGGUGACGCUGAGGCAGAGCACGAAACCUUACAUAGUACACCAUUAACAGUAGGACCUUUGUCACCGUUGGAUUCUAAUGCUGCAUCAAUAUACACACGGGUCAUGUAUAGGAAGGUAAAAUUUCAGAUGGCCCUAUCGCACGGUGUAAUAACUGUGUCCGAUACAGUGGUUGGUCACACGCGUGUGUACACGCUAUCGAGGUAUAGAUGCAGGGGUCGCAAUCAUGUGGUAACUGUCAAUGAACACAAUGGAGAACUUAAGUGCUCAUGCUUGUUCUUCGAAACAAACGGUUAUGCGUGUCGUCACUUGAUACACGUACUGAUCCAGAGGGACGUCGGAGAGUUUCCACCAUGUUUGAUACUCAAGAGAUGGACUAGGCGUGCCAAAGAGAUGGCACCAGAUGGAGGGAAUAAUUCAAUUCCGCUUGAACUUGCCAUCAAGGUGAGGUAUGGGGCGUUAACUUCGUUUGGGAACAUGGCAUUUCGUUUGGCUAGCCGGACAGUGGAAAGUUUCAAUGAGGCAAAAAUAACAAUGUUAAACAUGGCCGACAAGUACCGCGAGCGAACCAGCACAACCGAUCAGACAAAUGUGGAAGGAACAGAGGUUCCUACAAUCAGGGACCCAGCAAUAACAGUGCGUCCACAGCGAUCCACCACUACUCGGGCCACUCAAAGCACAUUGCGCAAAUGCUCUAUUUGCAAGGCGACUGGUCAUGAUAAAAGGCGUUGUCCAUCGAUAAUAACAGGAAAUGUUAGAGAAGAUGGUGCCAUCACGGGGGAUACGGCGCAACCAUCCACCUCACGUGAUCCAAACUUGAGCUCGGUGAAUUAUGGAUUACAUAAUUGGCCAGCUUCCUCUCAUGACUCAGUCGAGCUUUAG